UCGAUUCUGUUUGAACAAAUGUCUCAGCAAUUCUCUGUUCUGCUGAAACCGCAACCCUAAGUCUGAAGAAUAGAGGAUUACAUGUCCACUAGACCCCUCUCAGUAAGCUCUCUUUUGAAAAUUCUGUACUGCAAGAAAAUCUAGAAUCACAUCUGAGAAGAUGCCCGUUUCUGAAACAAUUCCAAUCAUUGAAACAACAACCUUUCUACAAAAAGGGCAUCAAUGGCUGGAGAGAUUAUGAUGUUGAUGAUUUGAAAGUCAUUUCGAAAGAUGCCGAAAACUUUACCUUCCCAAAUAAAGAGUUGUCUAAGCCCUCGGAUGACAUUACCUCAAACAUGAAGAGGAAUGCAUUAUAUAACAUGACCGUCCCAGAAUUCUCCGAACUGAUGAGAAAGAUAGAAUUGAUUCACGGUUCUAUCAGUUCGGAGAUUCACGAGUUGUAUAACAUACCUGAAGUUUGGGGCAUGUGGAUUAAUAAAGGAAUAGAUUGGAAAUUGCCGUUCCAAGAGAAACAUGUUCUGCAACAGGUGUCGAUUCUCGGGAACUUGGCAGACUUUGGAAUAUUGGAAAAUUCUGUUGGGAACAUAGUUUGUCCAAACAUUGCAGAACCUUUGUGCUCCAAUGGGUCAUCCGGGGAUAAGGUCCCUACCGUCAUUGAGUUUGGGGCAGGGAGAGCAUACCUAACACAAAUGCUUGCAGAUUGUUAUGGUAUCAAUAAAGUGUUUUUAGUCGAACGGAAGUCUUGCAAGCUCAAGGCUGAUCGAAGUCUACGACAAACAGAGAACUUGACUUUAGAGCGUUUGAGAAUUGACAUAUAGGAUUUGAAUUUGGAUGCUGUUGAAUCUUUGAGGGGAGUUCCCUACCUGGCGAUUGGGAAACAUCUCUAUGGGCCUGCAACAGAUUUGACCUUAAGGUGUUGCCUUCCUGAGCAAAGUCAAGAAGAUAAAGCUACACAUUCAAGUGGUAGUCAUUACCUGAGAGGACUUACUAUUGUGACAUGUUUUGUCGAUGGAAACACUACACAAAUAA